AUGGCCAAUAUCUCAAAACAUUCCUCUUUUGCUAGCUAUUUUCUUGAUCUAGCAAUUGAUCGAAUAACUGGAUCGAUCGAAGAUGGUGGUGAUAGUAUUCCGGUGAACGGUCUUUUUGCUCUCUUUAUCAGAAUCGUAAAUGAAUCUUUUAAACAUAGCCAGCAAUCAAAACGCCCUGAGAUGCCUCUGUGGCAGCCAGUAACAAACAAACAUACGACAUCGCAGUCAUAUAUUUUACUGCUGCGGAAAUCGAUUUCCAUUUUCCGCUUAACCCAACCGCGCCACUUUUAUGCUUUUAUACAGCAACCACGAAUUAUCCACUUUUUCUACCUUUAA